AGACUGUCGCAUUUACCCUGUAAUAAAUAAAAAAAUAAUAAUCAUAAUUCUUUAACCCGGCCGAUGAUUCUCAAUUUCUUGAUUUUGUAAACUAACUGGAGAGAUUUAUUUGGACAUCAGCUAUUACUCCUCUUUCAGCCUGAGCCUGCCGUCGUUACUCUUUUCCUUAUAGGACAAGGUUGUCUCUGUGAUCUGACAAGAAAAUGGCUGAGGAGAAGAUCGCUAUUGCUAACGAUGUUACUGAGCUGAUUGGUAAAACGCCACUGGUAUAUCUCAACCAUGUUGUGGAUGGCUGUGUGGCUCGCAUUGCUGCUAAGCUAGAGCUGAUGGAACCUUGUUCAAGUGUUAAAGAUAGGAUUGGAUAUAGCAUGAUUGCAGAUGCAGAGGAGAAAGGUCUCAUCAAGCCGGGUGAGAGUGUCCUCAUUGAGCCCACAAGUGGCAAUACUGGCAUAGGGCUGGCAUUCAUGGCAGCUGCUAAGGGGUACAAGCUCAUAAUUACAAUGCCUGCUUCUAUGAGUCUAGAAAGAAGAAUGGUUCUUCGUGCUUUUGGAGCUGAGCUGGUUCUUACUGAUCCAGCAAGGGGCAUGAAAGGGGCUGUUCAGAAGGCAGAGGAAAUAUUAGCUAAGACACCAAAUGCUUAUAUCCUGCAGCAAUUUGAAAACCCUGCCAACCCAAAGAUCCACUAUGAGACCACUGGACCAGAGAUCUGGAAAGGCUCAGGUGGAAAAGUUGAUGCUCUUGUUUCUGGGAUUGGGACUGGGGGUACAGUGACAGGUGCAGGGCAGUAUCUUAAGGAGCAAAACCCUGAUAUUAAGCUUUAUGGUGUAGAGCCAGUUGAAAGUGCUGUGUUGUCAGGAGGGAAACCUGGCCCACAUAAGAUCCAAGGAAUUGGUGCUGGCUUUAUUCCUGGAGUUUUGGACGUUGGUAUACUUGAUGAAGUUGUUCAAAUAUCAAGUGAAGAAUCAAUUGAAACUGCUAAGCUUCUUGCCUUGAAAGAAGGGUUGCUGGCAGGGAUAUCUUCUGGUGCUGCUGCAGCUGCAGCAAUUAGGAUAGCAAAGAAGCCUGAAAAUGCUGGAAAACUCAUUGUUGUGGUCUUCCCCAGCUUUGGAGAACGUUACCUAUCAUCUGUGCUUUUUGAAUCUGUGAAGCAUGAAGCAGAGAACAUGACUUUUGAGCCUUGAGGUAUAGAGAGGAUGGGCUAAGAGGAGCAAUACUGUCUACGGUUUCAAUGAUUUACUUGUUCCUAGUUUCCUAAUCAGAACAAUGUGGGGUCUUUUCUGCUCUUUGUAUCGUAUUAAGGAAAGCUUGUGGGUUGACUUGCAACUGUUGUGAUGAAUAAUAAAUUUUUGGCCAAAACAUUGAGAAACAA